CGUCACGUCGCGUUAACUUCAAGGCUCCCGUUGAAGCUUAAAGCAAUUGGAAGGCAGCAAUGUCUACCUAGUGUGCCUGGCCCAUGGAAACUGCAGACCCUCAAUGCAUAUAAACUGACAAGCUGGCAAAGUUUAUUAUCAGGUGAAAGGCGGUAGCAGCGAACGUCUAUGCUCUCUUCAUACCGUUCCGCGUGUGCUACGCCGUCUUUUCCAUUCCUUCGCAGGAAUCCCGCCUUUGGCACCACAGCUCCGAGAACUCUGCAUUCGACCCUACACUUUGUGCGCCCCCGUUCCUCGCUUGCUCGGACAAGGCCGCUCGUAUUCAGUCCCUGCCUGCGAUCAGAUUAUCGUCUUCGUCCCUCACUAUCUCUCGCAAUGGCGGAUUCUAAGGGUCGGAAACAAGCAACUCUGGGGAGGUUCUUCGGAUCGAAUACCGACGCCCCACGAGAUGCGCCUAAAAAGCAGACCACGCUCGCGUUUUCGGGCAAAAGGAGCAAGACCCAGGAGACCGUCGAUAAAGCACCAGAGCCAGCUGCUGUCAACGGCGCCAAGGUCAAGGACGAACCCAUGGACGAGGCCAAGUCUUCUAGCGCCGAGCCAGAAACGGUGAAAACAAACGACAAGGAGGAUACCACCACGUCGAAGAGAGAGAACAGCAGCGAGGAUGAAGACAGCGAUAUUCAGCCCGUACCCAAGCGCCGUCGGAGAAACUCGCAAGCGAACAGAUCGACUGCCUCUCCUGAAGUCUCUCCAAGGAAAAAAUCAGCGUCCUCGAAGAGUCCGAAGAAGCAAACCAAAUCCAAUCAACCCUCCGAAUCUCUGAAGAUUGAGAAAGCUUCCGGGGAAAAGACACCCGAGAAGGAGGAAGAAGUAUCAGAGGAGGAGGAAGCACAAUCGCUUAGUGAGGAUGAGGAAGACGAAAAGCCGGAGGUCAAAAAGAAGAAGAUCGAGAAGGUACAGGCCACGCUGAAAGCAAGUGGAAGUGAGCCUUAUCCAGACUGGAAAGCUGGCGACCCGGUGCCAUAUGCAGCACUGUGUACGACCUUCUCAUUGAUAGAAAUGACUACCAAAAGACUGGUCAUCCUCGCUCACUGCUCUCUGUUUCUUCGGCAAGUACUGCGUUUGACCCCGCAGGACCUUCUUCCCACUGUCCAGCUUAUGAUCAACAAACUGGCUGCAGAUUAUGCAGGCAUUGAGCUUGGAAUUGGCGAAUCUCUGAUCAUGAAGGCAAUUGGUGAGAGCACAGGACGGAGCUUGGCCGUCAUCAAGGCUGAUCAGCACGAGAUUGGCGAUCUUGGGCUAGUCGCUGCCAAGAGUCGCUCAAAUCAGCCAACCAUGUUCAAGCCGAAGCCCUUGACAGUCAGAGGCGUGCAUGAAGGUCUUCUUACCAUUGCGAAGGUGCAGGGACACGGUUCUCAAGAUAAGAAGAUAUCCGGCAUCAAGAAGCUUCUUUCCGCGGCCGAUACCGCCGCUGCAGGCAAAGGCAGCAAGGGCAUCGAUAUUACCAAGGACAAGGGCGGACCUAGUGAAGCCAAGUAUAUCAUCCGUUUCCUAGAAGGAAAGCUUAGACUUGGCUUAGCGGAGAAGACGGUCCUUGUUGCCCUCGCUCAAGCCGUCGUCACGCACGAGGCUGAGCUCAGAGGAGAGAAGGCACUCUCUACUGAAAAGUUGGCCCAGGGUGAGGCUAUCUUGAAGACUGUGUACAGCGAGCUGCCCGCUUACGAGAUUAUCAUUCCGUUGAUGCUCGAGCAUGGUCUCUCGAAUCUGCACGAGCACUGCAAGCUGCAGCCAGGCAUUCCCAUCAAGCCUAUGCUUGCCAAGCCAACCAAGUCUAUCACCGAGGUUCUUGAUCGAUUCGAAGGAAAAGACUUCACCUGCGAGUAUAAGUAUGAUGGCGAGAGAGCUCAAAUUCACUAUGUUGCACCCGAUUCAGUCAACCAGUACCCCGGAGCAAAGGCGACAUUGCAGAGUGGUAGCCAGGGUCUUAGCUCCAUCUUCUCUCGCAACUCGGAAGAUCUGUCCAAGAAGUAUCCAGAUGUGCUUGCGAAACUCAACACAUGGGUGAAGGGCGGCGUUACUAGCUUUGUCCUCGAUUGUGAGACCGUUGCCUGGGAUACAGUGAACAAGAAGGUUUUACCAUUCCAGCAGCUUAUGACCCGCAAGAGGAAGGAUGUCAAAGCGGAGGAUGUCAAAGUCAAAGUCUGCGUGUUCGCCUUUGACCUGCUGUUCUUGAACGGAGAGCCUACUGUCAAAAAGAGCCUGCGAGAGCGUCGCGAGCUUCUUCAUGAGUCAUUCGAGACUGUUGAAGGCGAGUUCCAGUUUGCGCAGUAUGGGAAUACCAACAUUGUGGAUGAGAUCCAGACUCUACUUGAUGAAAGUGUAAAGGCCUCCUGUGAAGGGUUGAUGGUGAAGAUGUUGGACACUGAAGAGAGUGGUUAUGAACCAAGCAAGCGGAGCCGCAACUGGCUCAAGGUGAAAAAGGAUUACCUCGCUGGAGUAGGCGACUCCCUAGAUCUCGUGGUUUUGGGUGCAUAUCACGGACGAGGCAAGCGUACAUCAGUGUACGGUGCCUUCCUUCUGGCUGCUUACAACACGAGCACACAGACCUACGAGACGGUCUGCAACAUUGGCACAGGUUUCUCGGAGGCUGACUUGGAGGAGCUCCAUAAACAACUUUCUCCUAUCGUCAUUGAUCGGCCGAAGCCGUUUUACUCCCAUUCAACUGUCCCCAAAGAUCAACCGGAUGUGUGGUUCGAGCCGCGCUUUGUUUGGGAGGUCAAGACUGCUGAUCUAACACUGAGUCCGCGCUAUAAGGCUGCGGCCGACGAGUUUGAGGGAACGACUGGCGGAGGCAAGGGAAUCUCUCUUCGAUUCCCACGAUUCAUUAAAGGCCGCGAUGACAAGAAGCCCGAUGAGGCGACGACGACUCGGGCAGUGGCGGAGAUGUACCGCAAGCAAGAGGCGGUGCAAAAGGAAAAUGCUAAGAAGGGAGUAGAUGAUGACUUUGAGUACUAAGUCGAGAGUUCUGGCUGUUCUGGCGGUCCUAUCUAUUACGUACAUACAUACAUACAUACUGGAAACCCAGGUGCUGUGGUUGAAGUCCCAGCCCGUUUGAUUAAUCAACCUUGAUAAUGAAUGACUGAGAUGUCUGACAUAUCGGUUACACUCGCAUCGCAUCCUACUGGGUAUCUCCUC